GAGAAAAAGCGGAAACACAUGAUAAACACGUUCGUGAGUUCGGCCAUUUUCCGUCAAUUCGGGUAGGAUAGCAGCUUUAAAGCAAUUUUGGCGUUUACUUGUGUCAAUAAAUAGGGCUGUCAACUCAAAUAAUCGAGUGUUGUAUUGUCAUUCGUGUGUACAAAUCGUUAUCUUAAAACGCGCUGGGGUUGCCGCUGCGGCAUCAAACGCAGGACGUCUCGGGAGUCGCAGGUAAGCCGCCGGAAUGUCCCGACAGAUGUCGCCGUCACAACAAAGCAGGCGGGUCCCAUGGGACGAACACGGACCAAACAGAGCUUCAGCGGGACACUAUGGAAGACCAUUGGACUGGAAGCCCAUUGCCAGAAAUGAAGAACGCAGGUUUGGUGAGGACAUGUUCCCAGAAGCCCAUAGGAGAUCCUCUCCUUCUCCGCAGGAUCACUUUUGGCGUCAGCGAAAUCAGGAGGGCAAUUUUCCGCGGAAGCCGUCACCUCGACGUGAUUUCAAAGACCACCAUGUCCCACGAAGCUCCCCCCAGCGGGAUGGCGGAUUCAAUGCAGACAGACAAAGAAGAGGCUUCAGAGAAGACUUUCAGAAUGUUAACAGCAGAGCAAGGUCACAGUGUUCGCCGCCGAGGUUCCGUAGGGAACCGUUGCCGCUGCUGCCUCGCAGUCACUCGGAACACUCGCAGGAAGCCCCAGCUUGGAGGCGGGACGAGUGGCGGGGCCAGGGGCAGUUGCGAGACGCCAGCCCCAGGGUUAGAUCCGAGGAGCAAAGAGGAAGCCGAAGAGAAGGGAAUGUUGAAGGUCUGAAUAGAAGUCGGCAAAGAGAGGAUGUUCAGCCCCCCUUAAAGCGGCCGAGAAGAGAAAUGGACGGCCAACAUCACAGCGGGUUCAAACGGGACAACGAGGAUAUUGGGGAUCGGUGCUAUUCAGCCGCCACGGUUGACAGAGCCUUCCACAGGGAGACUCCCGACUCGGGAACUCCUCACUUCACUGAACACGGAUUCCAAGGCACCCGCAAAGCGCAAAACGGUGGACAGCGUGAUUUUCACUUGAGCCACCAACAUCCCGAUGCAGCGAGCUCCUCACAAGAACAAUUCCGGAAUUCAAAUAGCGGGCCGGACGGCCGAGAAAAUUCCAGAAAACACCACUUUCCUGAUAAAUGGGGGGAUGGCUCGGAGAGCAAGAGGAGCUUGCCGCCGCAAGAACGGGCAAACUUUGCGAGAUAUGACAGACAAGGCACGCCCACAAACCAUAGAGGGAGAGGCGGUCCUCACCUCGCCAGAGGUAGGGUCAGUCACAUGGGGAACCGGACAAACUUUCUGCAGUGCUCUCGGAGCUACCAAAACAUUCCUCGUGAGGUGCCCAGAGCGGGAUACAGAUCCCAAACGAGUUACCCCAAUGCAGAAGAGGAAGAACCCAGCUGGACGCAAGACGACAGACGCCCGAAGCAGGUCCAGCCUGCUAGUCUGGAGCGGGGCUUGCACGGGAGCGGCCCAGACGUGAACCAGCCCAGACCGCACCUGUGGAAAGAAUUAGAGUCCAAAAACGUGACUGUGGUAACGGAGGAAACUCUCACCAUCAAAGUGGACAUGAGCCGGCCCAUCCUGCACACCAGCUCGCCGUGUUACUCUGCAGAGCGCCAGCUCUCGAUGGACCUGGUUAAUGUGGGUCGGCGGCGUCCGGAUUUCCCCCCGGAGGCGCCGGGGGCCGUGCCAGAGAGCGACGGCGCGCGCGGAGGAGCCUUUGCGCAGGAAAUCAUCACGCUGGUGCACAAUGUCAAAGAGUUAUACUUCAAAGGCAACGGCAUCACGUUGAACAAACGUUUCUCUGCACCGCAACACCGCCGAGAUGAGACGGCGACAGGGUUGACGCUGAACCAGAGGUUCUCAUCGAAGCAGUACGUCUCCGUGAUGCCGCAAUCUGUCCGAUCAAACAUGAACACGGCUCCAUCGCCCGGCAACAUCCAGCCGCUCUUUCCCGCUUUGAGCGGCGCGCAGACGCCGCACGGCCCUGGCGACCUGAGACACGACCUUGAGAGGCGGCGUCAGAAGCGUCUGGAGGGCGUCACCGUCACCAUCCCGGGAAGUGGCCCGCCCUCCCCUGUCAAAGUCCGCUGUGGCGCCCCCAAUGUGAUGCUUGAAGACGAGCGGGACUACAGGAGGGACGGCAACACGGGCCCCAGACGAGGAGGCCCGUACAGGACCAACACCGGCCCGAUGUCCAGGUUAAAAAACCAACAGCCCGUCAGGAUGCAGAACUGCCACGACAAUGAGGAGGGGCUCAGCUGGUGAUGCCGCCCGCUGCUCUCACCGUGAUUUGUGUUGGAGUGAGUACAGCACGUACAAGUUGUUGGACCUCAAGACGGCAAUCGGUCCAAGGAUGAAAUUCUCCAACCUUUGAUUCCAUAUGUGAGCCGAUCAACUUUAUUUCAAUCUAGUUGUACUAUGUUCAUCUUGUUUUCAGUUGUCAAUUAUUUUACUAGGCUCUUUUAUUACAAACAAAUUAUUUAGGUUUCAUAACCUGACAUGUUUCGGCUAUAACUUCCGCCUUCAUCAGAGUGAAUGAUCAUCCUCUGAUGAAGGUGGAAGUGAUAGCCGAAACUUGUCAGGUAAUGAAACCUAAAUAAUUUGUUUGUGAUAAAAGAACCAGUAAAAUGAUUUAUUUCAAUCUGUUGUGACAUGUUAUGUUGAAGCAAAAUAAAAAAAAUCAAACUUCA